AUGUCUAUCUACUUUGAGGAGUGUAUUCCAAUUUUUAUCACAACUGCCCUUAUCGAAGUGCAAAGAGCAAAAGAAAGCAGUGGCUACGAUCAUGGUGAUGAUGAUGGUUUAACAGAGGUUGAAAAUGUCAGGUUAAAUCUAAAACAGGAAGCUUGCAAGGAAGACUUCGAAGAUUUUCAUGAUGAUGUAUUGUAUAUUGUUGAGAAUGGGUUCAUGGAGACAAACAGAGGAUUCCAAAUUAGAGUGACUUUGAUAGUUCCUGUUAUAAAUCCUCCAUCAUGAGAGGUCUUCAACUUUCUUGCUCACCAUCUCGACCCAAAAACCCUAGCUAUAGCCUCUUGCGUCUCCAAAUUUUGGUUUGUUUCUUUUUCCUCUAAACAAAUAUAGCAACCCAUUUGCACCAAUCUUUACCCUUCUUUUUUUAACUUAAAACUCAUCCACCCAUCAGUCCCCUAUCACAAAAUCUACAUCAUCGCCUACUCUGCCACAAAACGCCACCAAAAACUCGCUUCUAAACCCCACAUUUCUCUCCAUAACCUCAUCUUUGCCAUCGACUUACGUACCAAGGACAAUUUCCUGCUUGUCACUGUUGCAAGGCUUGUGAAUAAGUUUUCUAUUGAUGCCAAUGGUGUGUUCAUAUUCGAUAUUAAUGUUGAUGAUUAUGAAGAUUUAGGGAUGGUUGAAUUAUCAAAAGAGGUGAAAAUCACUUGGAAUGUGAUGUUGAAAAUGUGGGGAGGUGUUUUUAUGAUAAUAGAUUGCAACAAGAGGCCGAGUUCUAUUCUUGGGUUUAAAGGGUGGUUUUCUAAGGAGUUGUCGUCGCCAGGGUGUUGUAGUGAUAUGGUAAGUGAGAUGGUGGCAGAUAUGAAGUUAGGGAUUUGUGAUGGAAGGGGAAAUGGUGGGAAAGUUAGAGUUGAGAAAGUGAGUGUGAGAAUGUUGAAUAUUAUAAAUUGGAGAUACAUGAAUAUUGAUGAUGGAAUUCGAUACUUGCAACAUUUUCUUGUGCCAAUGGAGGAGUGUUGA